AGAUAAAUUAAUUGAAAAAAAGGCAUUUGGGUUUGUUUGACUGUUCACAAGAAAGCUCCCCAAAAGGAGCGUUGCUUUACUCCCUCUCUCAUUCUCUCUCGCCUCCGAUCCUAUUUAAGGCUUUUUUUCUUUUGUCAUCUCAUUCAUUGAUAUCAUUACCACAAAACUAAACUCCUUUCUUCACCGAUCUUCUCGUUCCUUUCAUUCAUUUUCGAUCAGGCAAUGGCGACGAACGUGGGUUCCAAACCCGACCCGGUUGUGGUUUCACCACCUCCUACAAACCCGACUCGUGAGAGUACUGGUAACAAUCAUAAUAGUAAUAAUGCCGCCAAAGAGAUUCGUUACAGAGGCGUCAGGAAACGUCCAUGGGGACGAUACGCUGCUGAGAUCCGAGAUCCGGUUAAGAAAACUCGUGUCUGGCUCGGCACGUUCGACACGGCUCAGCAAGCGGCGCGUGCUUACGACUCAGCCGCGCGUGAGUUUCGCGGUUCUAAGGCUAAGACCAAUUUCCCCACGUUUCUUGAACUCCACGGGAACGCCGUCGGUGGUGGUGUUGGUAAUAAUAGUCCUUCUUGUCAGAGUAGCUCUGUCGUCAGCUCGUCUUCUUCUCCUAAGGCGGCGCGGUUUGUUACACCGCCACCGCAGCUAGAACUCAGCUUAGGCGGCGGCGGUGGAGCGUACCGUAGGAUUCCGGUUACACGUCCUGUUUACUACUUCAACAUGACGACGGCGUUUCCUAAGGUGACUGCGUGCGGUUUCCAGAGCGAGUCUGAGACGUCUUCGGUCGUAGAUUUCGAAGGUGGAACUGGGAAGAUAUCUCAGCCGUUAGAUCUGGAUCUUAACCUAGCUCCUCCGGCGGAAUAGGCCGUGAGUUUUUUUUUUUUUUUGGGGUUAUAUGUCGUCGUUUCUUUAGAGUAAAAAAUAACGUUUUUUUUUUUAUUUUUCUGCCUUGGAAAAAAAAAAUAUUAUCCGUUUUUGUAGAAGUAAGUGGAGAAAAAAGCUAAAAUAUAGUAAUUUUUAGCUGACAUGGAUAAGCAAAAACAAGUUGUUAUGUAUAUGUAGUAUUAUUAUGAAACCUUAUUAUAUAAAAAAAAUCAACGCAAUUAACAUAAUAAGAUCUGAAUUAUGGCAGUAA